AUGACUAUUAGCAUGGUCAAGGAGGAAUAUGCCUUCACAGCUUUCUCCGCCAUCACGCUCUACAACUCCAUAGAGCUGAUCAUCCUCUGCCUGGCCACAUUCAAGCGCUACCAGGGCGUCUACUUCUGGAGCCUGCUCAUCACAUCAUGCAGCCUGAUCGUGAACACCCUGGGCUUCAUCCUGCUCUUUUUUGUUAAUGUCACCGCAUACGUGUCUGUCACAAUCGUGCUGAUCGGGUGGUACUGCAUGAUAACGGGCCACUCGAUCGUGCUCUGGUCUCGCCUGCACCUCGUCCUCCACCAGCCUCGUGUCCUGCGCGCAAUCCUGUACCUGAUUAUAACCAACGCAAUCAUAAUGCAAAUACCAACCACCGUCCUCCUCUACGGCGCCGUCUCGCCCGCCGUCCAAGAGACAUUCACAAAGGGCUACAACAUCAUCGAGCGCAUCCAGCUCGUCGUCUUCUGCCUGCAGGAAUCGCUCCUCUCGGGCUUGUAUAUCUGGGAAACGGCCAAGAUGCUGUAUUUGCGCCCGCAGCGCGCGCACCGUCUGAUCCUGCUGCAGCUGCUGGCGAUCAAUAUUAUAAUCCUGGGGCUGGAUAUUGUGGUUGUGGUUUUCCAGUACACGGGGCUGUUUUCGCUGCAGGUUGUCUUCAAGCCGGUCGCGUAUAGUAUCAAGUUGAGGCUGGAGUAUGCGAUCCUGGGGCGGUUGGUGGUGUUUGCGACGGGCGCACAGGGAUCCAUGGGGGAACGGAAGUUCGACGAGCACUUCCUGUCGGUGUCGGAGUUCAUAGAAUAGAAUAAUAUUUAUACACCUUUUAUACACCAGUUAUGAUACAACAUCCCGUCCGGAGCGCGGUUUUUCGCCCCAAUCAUGGCAUUCAGAAGCUGGCGGGCGGAGCAGCCUGCAUUAGUCUGUCUUGACAGGUCAGAAUCCGACGAUUCUUCCAGAGAUUUCCAGCCUGAUCAGGUCUCCUUGCUGCAUUAUGCGGGAGACUGGGGUGAUCGCGAUCGCGAUCCAAGCGCAACAUCUCGAUCCAAGCAAUCAGAUUCAGCACAACACGAGUCAGUCAGUGCACGAGCCAGAAGAGAGACGAAGCUCGAAUGAUUCCAGAUUCCCGUUGCACAGCCAAGAAGAAGCCGACACCGACAACUGCCCCUAGCGUCCUCUAGUCUGAAUCCUGCGCCCGACAAGUGUCCCCCCCCGCGUUCGC